AUGAGCAAUAUAGCAGAUAGAACACGAUCACGCACAAUCAAUCCCAGUUUAUUGUCAAUCAAUAGUAUGAUUACAGAUCCCAAUGAAGACAAUGAAUACAGUAAUGGUAAUGUUAAUAAUCCACAAUUUCAAGGUUAUUCAGGCGGGAGUGAUAUCGGACAGAUGGGUGACGAAGAAUCCACAUCGACCUUCGUUAAGGUAAUAACAUCAACCACACAGGAGCAUAGUCUAUCACUACAGCAACAACAACCAAGUAUUAUUGAUGAUAACCAAGCAGCAACGUCAUUACCCAAUAUCUCACUCAAUGUAACAACACAAGUACAUAUUCAACAUUUAUUGGACAGUAUUGUAGAUUUUAGUGGCAGAAAUGAAGAUGUUCGAACAUGGAUACAACGUAUUGAAUUAUUAUUUGAUUUAGCUGAUUAUACGAAAUUCAAAUGGAUAAAAUUGACAGCAUUACAUUUAACAGAUUAUGCAUUAUGUUGGUACAAUGCCAAUAAAAGUCAAUUUCAUGAUUGGGAUGUAUUUUGCCAAAUGCUCAUAAAACAAUAUUCAGCAAACCCGAUACCAGCUACAACAGCAAGUCAAACGAUUCAAGUGGACGAUAAUAAUCUAACUAUACCACGACAAAAUGAUUCACUAGUGACUGAAAUAUCAACUAUACGACAAAACCACUCAUCAACCAAUCUUUCGAAUAAAGAAUUAGCAUUCACAGAUCCUCUCAAUAAACCCUCAUCAUCAACAAAGUUUUCAAAUUCAUCAUCCACGCAAGAUUUUUUUUACCACAAUGGUUGA